AUGCCAGACUGCUUUAAAUGUUUGUACCCAAGUACAUACAAUAUCAUUGACUGUACAGAAAUCAAAACAGAGCGGCCCUCAUCACUUGUUCUUGGAUCAAAGUUUUAUUCUGCAUACAAAAGCUCUCAUACUUGGAAAGGGCUAGUGGGUAUUGCUCCUCAUGGUGCCUUUACCUUUGUGUCAAGCCUUUAUACUGGGUGUAUUUCAGAUGUAAAAAUUACUAAACUGUGUGGUCUCAUUGAUUUGCUAGAGAGGGGGGACUCUGUUAUGGCUGAUAAGGGUUUUACCCUACAGAAGGUCUUAGAAGGAACAGGGAUUGAUGUUAACACACCACCAUUUCUAAUGAGCCAGGGACAAUUCAGUGCCCAAGAGGUAGAAGAAACUCAGACAAUUGCCAGACUUAGAAUUCAUAUUGAGCGGCAUAUAUGGAAAAGAGUUAAAGAAUUUCAUUUGUUUGAUGGUAUUAUACCUCUUAGUAUGGUAGGAUCAAUCAACCAGCUUUGGACAGUAGCAAAUAUGCUUACUUUGUUUAGAGGUCCCCUUGUUAAAGACUGGUCAUAG